UUGCUGCUGACUUGGACGAAGGAACUGCACUAUCAUAACGUUACUGUCGUUAGCGCCUCCUGAGGAUAAAAAACAGCAAGGCGGAGGAAGCGAGGAAGAAAGACCUUCCUUGGUGAGCAAGUCAAGAUGGAGGCGGCUUGGUGGCGUUGGCAUGUUUUGGCAAGCUCUUUUCUUCUCGUGUUGAUCUCUGUUGGCUACGCGAAUGGUGCAUGCGAAGCAGGCUGGUCCAACCAGAACAAUAACUGUUAUCUUGCAGUUGUGCAGAAUCAAUCCUGGGUUGCUGCGAGACAAUGGUGCAUCACACACAAUGCUGAAUUGGUCAAUAUCAUGUCAGCUGUUGAGAACAAGCUGGUGGUGCAAAUCGCUUCCGGUCUUCUGGGUCGCACUUCGUCAUACUGGAUUGGACUGAAUGAUAUGCAGACCCAAGGCCAGUAUAGUUGGUCAACAGGUAACACUCUGGUCUACAACAAUUGGCGUAGUGGUGAACCUAACAACCCGCUUGACGAGGAUUGUGUGGAGAUGGAUGACAGCAGCUACUGGAAUGAUCAGGGAUGCUCCACUCAGCGGUCCUUCAUUUGCAAGAAACCGUUUAGCACGCCACUGCCAACCAUCACCAUUCCUGGAAAAUACACCAUUGCUACGGACAAGUCAUGUGGUGGCUGGUAUCUGAACAAAGGAAUCUGCUACCAGUACUUCUCAGCUCCUUCACAGUGGGCCGCAGCUCAAGCAUCUUGCUUUUCGAUGGGCGGAUACUUGCUUGACAUCUUGACCUCUGAUGAGCUGGCAUACGUCAAGGCGCUUGUCUACAACCAGCGUACCAACAUCCAGAACUUCUUCAUUGGUCUCAACGAUCGACUCAAUGAGAGUAGCUAUGUUUGGGAUGAUGGCACGCGUCAAGGUCACCCACUGGCUACGACCUACUGGGCUACUGGUGAGCCUAAUGACUACCACAAUCUGGAAGAUUGUGCCGAGAUGACAACCCAUCCCAACUACCACUGGAAUGACUUGACCUGCACAGCCAAGCGCCCGUACAUGUGCAAGAGGCUUGUGUCAGCUGCAAAUGCAAGUGGAUAUUGGCCUCCUCUAACUCCGUCGUUGACGAAAUGCCGUCGGGGCUACACCAUGUUCAAUCACCCCAACGGCGCUGUGUACUGCUACGCACUCAAAGGUCGCCUUUCCACCUGGCGGUUGACUUGGACGGCCGCCCAGAAAGCUUGCGCUCGCACGGGACCUGGCUUUGCUCUUGCCAGCAUUCAUGACCACUACGAGCAGAACAAGCUGACGGCCAUGAUUAAGGCUUCCUACUCGCGAUACCGCACCACGACCUACUGGUUUGGACUGAACGAUCGAACCAGAGAGGGUGGUUAUAUCAAUAGCGAUGGAACUGCUACCGAUUAUAUUCGCUGGGGAGGCGGCCAGCCCAACAACUUGCAAGGUCGUCAGGACUGUGUUGCUAUCUACUCCAUGUACUCUGGAAACUGGAAUGAUGACAACUGCAACACUCACCAUGCCUACAUCUGCAAGUACACUUUGAAGCCACGUCCAUUGCCAAGCGGUGGUGUACCUCAAGUCAGCGAUAAAUACUGUGCAAAUGGCUGGCAUCAGUUUGGAUCCUAUUGUUACCUGGUGAAAACACAGGCAACAGACCUGGUGACUCACAGCGUGGCUGUGUCCAACUGCGCACAGCUGUACAAGGCCAAUAUGACCAGCGUUCACAGCGUUGCGGAGCAUGGAUACCUGAUGUCAAUCAUUGGCUUGCACAAUGCCUCCACACGCGUCCAUAUCGGCAUCAAUGACAUGAAGGUGGAGGGUGAGUUCCAGUGGAGUGAUGGCACUCUUGUUGACUUCACCAACUGGGGCUACAAUCAGCCAAAUGACUGGCAAAACUCCCAGGACUGCACCGAGCUUGACCAUCACCUUGGCUACUGGAAUGACAUCAAUUGCAAGACUGACAAGCGUGGAUAUGUCUGCAAAAGACUGAGAGAUCAACCAACUCAACCAAUUAGCCAGAUCACUCAAUGCACAAGCGGCUGGACAUGGUUCAAUAAUUUCUGCUACCAGAUCCCGGCCGUGAACGCCACAGCGGCAGCAGCACAGGCCUACUGUGCCGGCUAUAGCAACCCGUCCAACCUGAAGGGCUCACUGGUGACUAUCCGCAGCCGUUACGACAACUUCUUCCUGUCCAGCAUGAUCGCCAGCCAGCCCAAUGUGCAGCGUGCUUACUUCAUUGGCAUCAACGAUGUUGCGAAUGAAGGUACAUAUACAUGGUGGAGUGGCAUGCCGGUGACGUAUUCCAACUGGGCACCUCAUGAGCCCAACCAGUGGCAGGGCAAUGAGGACUGUACAGAGAUCUACUCGUCCACGUACAAGUGGAAUGACCGCCUGUGCAACCGAACACAGAGCUUCAUCUGCAUGGUGCCGGACAACAAGCAAACUACGCUGCCGACAGUGAAGCCACAACUCCAUGGAUUGCCUUCAGCCACAUGCCCCAAAGGCUGGCAGAAGUACGGCUCCAGCAACAUGUGCUAUGGAUUCUUUGGUUCGAUCCACACACUGACGAUGAUGAUGGAUACCCCGCUGAUUUCGCCCAAGGCCUGGACAGACGCCAACAUGCAGUGCCAGGCUAUGGGUGCACAACUGGUCAGCAUCCACGACGCCGCCACCAACCAGUACUUGAUGGACCAGACACAGAAGUACAAGAUGGGCUGGUGGAGUUUCUGGACAGGUCUCAAUGAUCGUAACCAGGAGGGUGGGUAUGUGUGGUCAGACACGACCGGUGUCCAAUACACAGCGUGGGCUACACAAGAGCCCAAUGACUGGAGAGGCACUGAGGACUGUGUGGAGGUUAUGCUGGACAAGGCCCGGAAGGGAUGGCAGUUCAAGUGGAAUGACCAGGGCUGCACUUCCAAGCGUCCUUAUGUCUGCGCCUUCCCUGCAGGAAUCCAAUAUACAGCACCAACGUCAACUCCACUCUCCCUACCUCCAGGUACGACAGUGCUACCAAGUUGCCCCAGUGGCUGGACACAAAGCCCCACCAGCUGUUACAAACCCGUGGUUCAACAGACACUGACUUGGACUGCAGCAGACCUGAAGUGCAGGUCAAUGUCCAACGUAGCUUCGCUAGCCAACGGCAAGCAACCCCACUUAGCCAGCGUGCACACACCACAAGAUCACGUGACCCUUGCCAAGGUCACUUCUCUGGCUGCUGCCACCGCUGGUCUACCACUGAACUCGUCCACCAACUUCUGGAUUGGACUGCAAGAUCGAACAAAGGAGAACAACUUCACUUGGUCCGAUAUGAGCUCAGUUGACUACACGGCCUGGUCAUCUGGUCAGCCCAACAACUUGGCCAACUCUCAAGACUGUGUGGAGAUGCGCGUCGACACCGGGUACCUGUGGAAUGACCUGCAGUGCAGUGCUACACGACAAUAUGUCUGCUCGUUCAGUAGAUUUGUUAUGAAGUCAUCCAAGCCAUCCCUGCCAGCUGCUGCUCAGAACGAGUCGUGCAACCCGAUGUGGAAGAAGUACGGCCUAUCCUGCUAUCGCAUGUUCAGCGCUGUACGUGUGGACUACGAUACAGCCUACAUCAACUGCUCAGCACAAGGUGGUGAUCUCUACAUUGCUAAUACAAAGAAGGAGGACCAGUUUGUUCUUGGAAACAUCGCGUCCGGAAGUGCUUAUGUGUGGAUUGGCCUAUCAGAUGCCGACCGUGAAGGCUACUACCGCUGGGCUGAUGGCUCCUAUCUGCAAUACACCAACUGGGGACCCAGCCAACCAAACAACUACAAUAACGAGGACUGUGUCGCACUGCACUCCGAGGAUGAUAGGUGGUAUGAUCGCAGCUGUGAUGAACCACAUGCCUUUAUCUGUGAGGUACCACUCUUCAGCA